ACAAAAAAAAAAAAAAAACCCUAAAGCUCUCAGCCUCUCAGUAACGCUUCAGCAGUCUCUCCGAGAAUUUGGAAAACUCCGAUGGCGAAGAAGGUUCUCAACCCUUUGGAAGAUCCACCAACCGCUUCUUCAAGCGGCGACGAAGAAGUCGAGACCUCAUCUGGCGAAGAAGAUGUAAAACAGACCUCUGAUUCCUCCUUUGAAGAAGACGAUCCCAAAGAUCCCGCCACCUCUAAAACCCUUAAAACUACCCCAGCCAAUGCUCCAAGUACCGAGUCUGAGGGUUCUGAGUCCGAAUCUGAACCAUCACCAGAGAAGCCUGUCGCCGUUGUCACAAGACUCACAACCAAGCCCAAGAAGAAGGAAGGUAACGAAUCUACUGCGCCGAAACCAGGGAAGAAGCGAGCGAGUGAAGCAGGAACGACUUCGAAGGACAUGCAUGUCAAAAAGGCCAAAAAAGCCAAGAAGGUUUCAGGAGAUGAUGAGAAAAAGCCUUUCCAGAGACUAUGGAGUGAAGAUGAUGAGAUCUCCCUGUUACAAGGGAUGAUUGAUUUUAAAGCUGAGAAAGGUACAAGUCCUUAUGAUGAUAUGAAUGGUUUUUUUGAUAUGGCCAAGAACAACAUUAGCUUUGAUGUUAGCAAAAUCCAAUUCGGUGACAAGAUUAGAUCUUUGAAAAAGAAGUAUUUUGCUAAACAGAAGAAGAAAGGUAGUUUAGAAUCGUCUCAUGAUAAGAAGUGUUUGGGGUUAGCUAAGUAUAUUUGGGUUUCUGAUGGUAUGGCUCUUGAAUCUGCUGUUAAGUUGGCUAAUGGAAAAUUGAAGAAAGUCGAGUCUUUGAAAUCUGGUGGUGAUGAUAAUGUUGGAGAAGAGAAGGAAGUGGUGAUUCCUAGAGGAGAUUCUGAGUCUUCGAAUUUGUUUGAGAAGUCUUUUCUGGUUCGGACUAUUGCGGGUCUUGGUGUGGAUGAGUUUUCUGUGAAAGAGAAGUGGAGUAAGGUGUCGGUGGAGACUAAGAAUAGAAUUGAAGAGAAGUUGAAGUUGGUGGAGGCCAAGGAAUAUGAGUUGUUGAGGUUGAAGAGUGACAUUUUGAAGGAGGUGGCCUAUGUGAUGACUCAAGGCAUAUAAGAAGAAGCAAGUUGGAUAUGUAUAGGUUUAGCGGUUUUAAUCGCAGGUUUAAUGGAGAUGAUGCAAUGCCUCUUUUUGUUAUCUAUCUACGUUUCUGUUUUAUAAGUCGUUUGGAUCCUUAUGUGAUGGUUUAAUUAAGAAGAAGAAGACAAAUUAGUUGUCUAAUUAGUCUUUUGGUCGACGAGCAAAGACUAUAUGUAAGCUUUGUAUAUUAACUCGUUUGUAAUGAGCGAAGACUAUAUAUAUGCUUUGCUUUGCCUUUU